AUUAGUGAACGGUUACAGUGUCAUACGCUUCGGAAUAUCCAUUAGUGUGCGUAGCUACGUUGUCAGUUCGCUGAAAAUGCGACGUUGCCGCUCUUGCUCGUGUGUGAAACGGUGUGUCACUUGCCCUCUCCCUUCGUUAAAGAAGCGUUCAUAAAUUACGUUCACCCGAACGUUUUAUAAUAACAGUAUUUCUGCUGCCAGAUGAUCGAACAACCCGCUCAUUAUGAAUCGGUAAGGUUAUACGUCGAAAUGAAUCUUUUUCGAUUCUGAAUGCGACCAUAACCUAACCUGUUCCGGCUUUUCGGCGGGAAACGGGAACGGGACAGUUGCUUUCUUCAUUGAGUAAUCUAAAUAAUUAAUACGAAGUGGUGUUUUGUGGUUAGUUGGAAGACAUUCGCGAGUGUUAUUAUAUUGGAGUAUUCAAUAAACAAAGUGUAUCUGCCUAUUUUCGCUUCGUGCCGGGAAGCCGCUUCAUAACUCAAAAGUUUAUGCGGACUUUUGAGUUAAUUCGUUUGGGGUUCGGAGUAGGAGUCUACUCCGAGGGUGGGGGCUUAGGUUUCAUCAUCAUCACCUUUCAUCAUUUCAUUAAUCAUCAAGAAAAAAAUACGUCAGACAUGGCUGUAUGGGCAUAGUUCCCUUUGCCUUACCCUUCGGGGAAAACCAAAACAAAAAAAAAACUAACCUGUUCCUGUCAUGUCAUGUCAUUCGUUUCUUUUCCACUUCCAAUUUAUAUUGUAAUAGUUUGGUUAUUUGUUUUAUUAAAUAAUUUAUUCAUCGAGUUUUGUGAAACUUGUGGGGCCGGGCGGAUUAAAAUAUGGAACCUCAAACUAGUCGCAAAGACUACUUAAACCACCAGUAUUCUGGCCCCCGGAAAAAUCGAAAACGAAGCCAAGCACAAAUGAAACGUUAUCAUGGAGAAAUAAAAAGGUAAGUGCAAUGCAGUGAUCACUUGUGCAGUACAGUGAAGUGCUUGUGCUUGUAUUGUGCUGAAUAAGAUACGAGCGCUUGGAGCACGCGUCGUGACCGUGCUUUACGUAACGCACGACCUUAGAUUUUUGAAAAUUGUACAUCUCUUCGUUACUUUUACAGCCGUAGCGACGUAUGGUGCAAGAAAAAAAAACUAAAUGACGAAAACGACGUGCCUUCAAACAAAUCUGUAGCAAAUAAUACUCUCAAAACCUACAGUGGAAGUAAAAAAAAAAAUCUUGUGGAAGCAAAUUUUACUGACACUCAGCAAAGAACUGAGAAAGAGCCCCCCCGAUCAAAACCUUUGGAGGUAAAUUGGCCACUGAUUGAUCCCACUGUUAAAAGCCACGAGUUAACUGUGGAAUAUGCACCAGAUAGUUUGGGUAGUCUGUCUGGUAACAGGUUUGUUGAUCUACCACAUGUCCUUAUGUGGGCUUUCAAACUUGAGAGACACCGUUCGCAAUGUGGUGGUAGCAGCAUAGUCUUUGUUGAGGAGUUUAGAAAUGGUUUCAACAGUAUGUUUACUUUCCAAUGCAGUAUGUGUGAGAAACAAUUUAGAUACUGCAAUGAAAAAGAUGAAAAUCUUAACAAAGCGUUUGUUUGGGGGACAUUAACAGCUGGAAGCUAUUAUGCACAGGCUGCACACAUCACCAACUUGAUGGAUAUACCUACAAUAUCAGCUUCCAAAUUCCGAGAGACAGAAAAAUUAUUAGGUGAAGUUUGGAAAGAUGAACUAACUGAGGAGAUCCAAAAAAAUGGAGAAAGAGAAAAGGCUAUUGCUAUGCAAAAAAAUAAUGUAGAUGCAAAUGGUAUUCCAUACAUAACAGUGUAUGUGGAUGGAGGCUGGCCUAAACGAUCAUAUGGCCAUGAUUAUAGCUCUCCAUCAGGCAUGGCCUGCAUUAUUGGAAAAGAGACCAAGAAAUGCUUAUUCUUAGGCAUAAAAAACAAAUAUUGUUACCACUGUCACAUUUAUGAAAAAAAAAAGAACAAGUUUCGGAGCAUAUGUGUUUCAAGAACUACGAAGGACCAUCUACGGGAAUGGAGGCGGACAUCCUAGUAGAAGGGUUUGAGAGGAGUCAAGAGAUGCAUGGUGUAAAAUAUUUAAUAUUUAUAGGAGAUGGAGAUUCAUCUGUGUAUGCACAAUUAAGAGAAAAGGUUUCAUAUGGGACCCAAAUAAAAAAAAUUGAAUGUAAAAACCAUGUGAUUAAGAAUUACACUGGAGCAUUGUACAAGAUUAUAGGAAAUACAAAGUUACCAUUAUUUGGCCGGAAGAUUCUCAAGCCAAAAUUACAAAAACUUACAGCGGUUUCAAGAAAGAUAAUUAUGGAAGCUGAUCAUAAUUCAAUGAGAGAGGAUCUCAAAAAUGGCCCAUCUCAUGUAUUUGGCUGCCACCAAGAUUGUAAGGCAUAUUAUUGUCGAUUCUGCCAGAACAGUGAUGAAAAAGACACAAAUUCUUUAGACGACCUUAAAACUAAGGCACCUGCAGUUUGGGCCCACAUUUGUGCAGCAAACGAGGCAGUCAUGUCAAAAUGCCAUCGACUAUCAAACAACACAACAAAUGUUGUUGAAAAUUUCAUGAGUGUUGUCAGCAAAUUUGUCUGCGGGAAAAGAUUGAGUCUGUACAAGGGUGGCUCAUAUCAGCGAAGAGUAUAUAUUGCUGGUAAGAAUAUGUUAUGUAAUUAUUGCAUUUGUUCAAUUCAUUUUCUAUAUUAUUCACAGUAUAUAUAUUUAUUUAUAUACAUACAUACUUUAUCCACACACAAUAUUUUUUAUACUCACAUAAUAUUAUACGCCUUCAAGGCACUAUGGGAUAAAAGACUUAGAAAAUUUUUAAGGAUAUUUUUUAUAACAGGUCUCUCGCACUCUCGUGGUCAGAAAUGGCACACAAAUGCUUGGAAGAAACAUAUAAGAAGUAGCCCUGGACAAACUUUUAAAAAGUACAUUGCCCAGUCGGAAAAGUCCAAGGAAAGGCGCAAAAAAUACAUUCGCAGGCGACUUUUUGCGCCUAAACCCAAAACUGACCACAAUUAUGGUCCAAACGCCAAAGAUGUAGAUGAGUCAGUUUUAGGGAAAGAUCUAAAGGAAGCGUGUCUUCUAAAACUGAAAGACUUCGAAACGACAAUAGAUCAAAUAAAAUAUAUUGAAAGUGCAACAAUUGGACAACACGAUAAUGAUGUCUACACUACAUAUAGAUGCGACAGGCUUACCGCUAGUCAGUUCGGAAUGAUAUGCAAGCGAAAAUCUACAACACCAUGCCAUAACCAAGUGGAGAGUGUUUUAUAUAAAAACAAUAUCUUGACCAAUGACAUGGCCUACGGCCAAAACCAUGAAUCAGUGGCCAGAACCUUGUUCAUAGAAAAAAUGAACAAAGCCGUACGGCCUGCUGGGUUAUAUAUUGAUGAAGAAUUUGGUUUUCUUGGAGCUAGCCCAGAUGGAGUAAUAGAAGAAGAAAAUUCUAUUUUGGAAAUAAAAUGUUUUCCUUCAUUGGCUCGCAACAAUCAAGACAUUUUUUCUGCGGCCAAAGAUCGUAAAAACUUUCCCCUUUUGGUUGAUGACACUGGUGCAUUACAAAUAAAUAAAAAACACAACUAUUACUAUCAGAUCCAGGGUCAACUGCGGGUUUCAAAAAUGAUGAAAUGUUACUUCAUUGGCUAUGUUUCUCCAAGUUUUGACAUCACAGUGUUGGAAGUACAGCGUGACGAAAAUUUCAUUAAAAAUAUGAUGCCAAAAUUAGUAACAUUUUAUAAAAAUUGUAUUUUGCCAGAGGUAGUACUUCGAAGAGUAACAAAAAAACAAAAAUGUAUUGAUAUUUCAAUUAUGUGGUAGCAAUUAUUUUAUUACUACUUUGUGAACAAGCGCGCUGUUUGCUUUGCAUUGUAUAAAGUAGUGACAAUCAGAAAGAGAUAAAUAUUAUAUCCUAAUCUGAAUAAACGAAAUCUGAAUCUUACUUCAAAUAUCAAUAAUUUUCGUUAGCCUGUUUGAUAUUGCCGUUUGUAAAUAAAUAACAUAAAAUAACAAUAUAACUUACUGCAAACUUAA